AUGAGCGUGCCUACGGCAUCUGCGAUGCAGCUGGUGGUGGACUCGGCUGCAUCAGACAAUGGCAACAAUAGCAGCGUUAUGCAAACACCCGUCCCACCCACUGGCACGACACUGUUUCUUCGCGAGGAAGGCAGCCGCACCUUUGUGCCUGUGUAUCAUCAAUCGAGCGUGACGCUCCGCGAUUUAGCCGAGGAGUUCAACAUUAGCAGCGUUCUCGAGUGCGACGCGCACGGGAACGUUCAGCCACGCGCGGUCGCUUUUGACUCCCCAUCGGACGUUUUGCACAGUGGACGGCACUACAUCGCUCGGCGAGAUGCGCGGGCCGAGGCCGGCAACAGCUACGUCACCUUCCGCGGCAAGAUUCUUGUGAAGGAGUACGAGCUAGAGCAUCCGACCCCGCCCGCAAGCCAGAACGUAGAGACACCAACGAUAGCAGGCGAUGGUGUAGAGAGCGCCUCCCUCGCACACGAGACCCAUUCUGUCCCAGCUGCCACUCCCUUCCCAGACAAGCGCAGUGUGCGGCAGGCAAUGGAGAGGGAUGAAGAAGGCUAUGCAGCCAGUGGGCUUUCCUCAUGCACGCCUGUUCCGCGGCAGGACUACAACGAAGAGGACAGAUCGAGCAUCUCUCGAGCUCUAGCGCUAUCGUCGGAGCGUAAGCGUCCGAGAGAAGACGCUAGCGGGACAGGUGCGGAGGGCUCUGCAGCGAGCGAAAGGAGUCAGCAGCGUUCCCAGGCACAGCGGACUGAAGAGCCGCAGCUUUCCUCGGCAACUCGACCCGGCAAGGAGAAUGUUUUGCAGGACUGCACGAAUGGCCCAUCUGCGCCUCUAACGCUGUCGGGGAAGUCGAGCGACGCGCAGAGCAGCUCUCAAACUGCAAGGGAGGAUACAUCAAUUGAUGAGCCAGCUCAGCGCUCGCUGCGGUUUAUUCCCUUCCCAGAGGCAGCUUCUGAUGGUAGUGAGACGUAUGUUACGCUGGAGGAUCUGCAGAGACUGUGCCAAGAAGCCGCCACUCAAGAAGAAGAGUUCCAGAAGAGGCACAAGGGCGCCACAGAUAUCUUAGAGAGCGCUCGGCGCGUUCUCUUCACAACUGGUGAAGUGGACUAA